AUGAAAAAACAACUGCAACAACUAAUUCCUGGUCUCCCAGAUCAUAUUGCACAAUUAAUCCUCUCUAAAAUCCCACCUUCAUUGCUUUAUACAAUUUCUCAUUCAUGGCGUAGUUUCAUCUACUCCCCUCUUUACCCUCCUUUUUACUCUCUUUACACUCUUUUGAUCCCCAAUAUUACCAUCAAAUCUUCUCCUUCAAACCCACAACAAUUUCUUACUCCUAUUUCUUUCUUUGCUUUUGAUCCCAUUUGUUCUAAAUGGGAGCCUUUACCAGUCCCACCACCUUUGUCUCUUCUCCUUCGACACCCGCCUUUUAUCUCCCGCGACCUUCCAGUCCAGUCUGUUGCGGUUGGUAACAGACUGGCUGUGGUCGCGGGGACUACAGAGCACCUUGCUCCUGCCUUGUCACGGCCCCUGGUGUUUGACCCCAUCUCGAGGGACUGGCGGUAUGGCCCGUCUGUACCAGUGCCCCGCAGGUGGUGUGCUGCCGGGGCACUUGAUACGUCCCUUUAUAUGGCGAGUGGGGUCGGUCCUCAUUUCUCCACGGAUACCGCCCGAUCCGUGGAGCGGUGGGACCUAUCCAGGGGCUGUGACAAGUGGGAGAAGGUCAGCUCCCUCCGGGACGGGCGGUUCUCCCGGGAGGCGACUGAUGCCAUUGGCUGGCACGGCCGCCUCUGCAUGGUCAACGUCAAAGGUGACACUGCCAAGCAGGGAGCUGUCUACAGCGCAGAACAAGACUUAUGGGGUGACAUGAAGGAAGGUAUGUUAAGCGGGUGGCGGGGCCCAGCGGCCGCAAUGGACGAAGAAAUGAUCUACGUGGUGGAUGAAUCCAAGGGAGUGGUGAGGAAGUACAACGAGGAGACAGAUGGGUGGGUGGAUGUGGUAGAGAGUGAUAGGCUGCGAGGGGCGCAGCAGAUGGCGGCUCGAGGCGGCCGGCUUUGCGUUGUUUGUAAAGGUGGGAGUGAGAUAGUUGUGGUGGAUGUGGUGGCAUCGCCGCCGCAAAUGUGGGUGGUUGAGCCACCACAAGGGUUCAAUGUUGCUGCGGUUCAUGUUUUGCCAAGAAUGAGUAGGACCUAAUCAAGUUUGAUAGUAUCAAAAAAAUCUUAAGAUGUAUUCUAUUUAUUUAAUUUUUUGGCUGUAAGAAAAUCUUGGAUUUUUAAUGAAAGUAUGAGAAUGGAAAGAAAUACUGUGUGAAAGAUUUGAUGACAAAGUCAAAUGAAAACUUUUUUAGUUCAUGUAAAAA